AUGUCACAACAGAAUCAGCAAAAUCAGGGGUCUCCGAGUGCUCUCAGAUUUCCCCCUCCCCAGCGCCCAAGGCCUUUCCCAGUUUCCCGCUCUGCUCCUUGCCCUCCUCAUGCAGGGCACUGUGGUUCUGGUUCCCAAAGGCCCCGGGAUCAGAGCCCAGCUGGCUCUUGGAGGGCUCUCCGGAAGCCCCGCUGCCUCAGGGGUGGCACAACCCACCAUAUCAAGGAGGAGGAAUGUUAA